UCGGUCCAGUCUCCGGUCAGGUCUGGAACCUCUUGAGGGCCAUCCUGUCCUAUAGUUCUCGUACGGUGGCAAUGUAAACAGUGAAGCAGCAGACACGGCGGCUGAAUCCACCCUUGCCAGUCUCCACCGAUUCCAUCCCUUUGAACAUCAGUUGGCAGUCCAACUGCAGCUAAACGCCGUCUAAUUACUUUGUCUACCUUAAGUCUUGUCAAACACCUCGCGUCGUGGACCUCCGGAGAAGGAAGCUCCGUAUAGUUAUUGUAUAUUUGUGUCAGUCGCUACAAUUGAGGGUUGUGUAGAAAUUCGGUGUUGGAGGUUUAUUUGAGUGGAGUGUAAACUCGAAGAAGGUCCAUCUGCACGGAACGAAACUGCAAGUUUGGUAGGUCUGGUGAAGUCUGCCUCCAGCACGCAGACGGGAGAUGGUGAAGGUCGGCGCAUACCCAGGUCGACAGAAACCGAUGUACAGUCAAACAACCUGGGUUGCCGUCAUAUGACGAGCAACUUGAGCCGGAAAGAACAAUCUUGAGAACGUCACGGAGCGGGCUCAGGUGACAGGAAUUUUACAGGAUGGGGUGGCGGACUUCACAGCCAAGGAACUCAGCGGUGGAGGACACAAGAGUUGACAUCGGGAUGUGGGAUGUAUCGAGGAGAUUUAUGGAGCUCCAGUAGUCGAUUGACGCUGAAGAAUGGACUCACGAACAUAUUUGUGAGACUCUCGUCAUUAUCUCUACCGGGCUCGCUGGUCCGGAAACUUUCACUCCCUGACCUGGCGUGCAAAUCUUUCUUUUCUUUGAGCUGUCGGUUGUAUUCAGGAGGUUUUCCUUCGGCACGGUGGGAAGGGAGGGAGGAAAUAAGAAAUGCAAGCUGCAUCAGCAGCGAAGGAAGUAGGGUCUGAGGCCCAACAGCCUGGUGGGCCUACUGAAGAUGAAAACCUUGACGAUGAACUCAAGCACACUCUCAAGCAGCAAGUUCUGGAAAUCACAACGAAGGUGGAAGAGAUGGAGAGGCAGGUGAGUGAAGUAGCCCGAAUGCGGACCUCGUUGCGAAAAACCAAAGCUUUGAGUAACAAGGCUAGUGUAACUUUGAAGGACCGAGAAAAAGACAAAGCGGGUGUCAAUAAGAAACACCAGCAGCUGGAAGCGUCUCGUCGAGAUGCUGCUCGAACCAAACGAAUGACAGAGCUUAUGCGUCAGCUUGGAACUGUCCUUAGGCAGAUUACUCAACACAAGUGGGCAUGGCCUUUCAUGGAGCCUGUGGAUGUCCAGGGUCUGGGGUUGCACGAUUAUUUUGAUAUCAUUAAAAAGCCAAUGGACCUAGGAACCAUACGAGACCGUAUGGACGCCAAGGACGGCACAGGUUACAAGCACAUCCAGGAAAUUUGCGAUGACGUCAGACUUGUAUUCAGCAAUGCUAUGGCUUACAAUCAAGAUGGGACAGAUGUCCAUGUCAUGGCAAAAACAUUAUCCGAGAAGUUCGAAGAGAAGUGGAAGACCGUUUUGGAGCCUAAACUCCAGGAAGAGGAGACAAAGAGGAAACAGGAAGAGAGAGAAGCCAAUGCAAAGGAGGCUGCUGCAUUACACGCAGCCGAAGAGGCUGCUGCAGAGAAACUUGCUGCGGAUGUCGGCCGACAGCUCGAAGAGUUGGACAGGCAGCUUGAGGAACUGAAACAGAAGGCAACGCCCAAAUGUCGGGUCAUGUCAAUCGAAGAAAAACGACAACUUGGUCAUAGUCUGGGACGGUUGCCAGCUGACAAUCUUCAACGCGUUAUUCAAAUUAUCGCACAGAAGAAUCCGGGUUUUAAUGCAUCCGCAGAUGAGGUUGAGGUUGAUAUUGAUGCACAGGAGCCGGCAACGUUAUGGAGGCUUCAUCGGUAUGUGCAAUCAGUUACCAACUUCAAAGCACGGGCUGUGGCCAUGGGCAGUUCACCUGCCUCAAAUAAACGGGGUGCACAGACAACAGCAGAGAAGUUGGGUGCAAAGCGUGGUCGCAAGGUGUCAUCACCCUGAAAAUGUGGCUAGAUGGAAGGUUCAACUCUGUUGAUUUUGUUCAGUUACAGGUUGCGAGGUGCAUUCGAAAGUCGUAAAAUCCUGAGAUUUUUGAAACUUGUUCAAACUUUGAACAUCGGACCUCCUUUCUAAAUUGUACGGUUCAGGUCCCAGGCAAGUCGCCUUUAUAAAUCGGCAGUAGUGAAACACCCCUUUUUCAUCGCGGAAAAGUUCAAUAUAUGCGGGGAAAACCAUCUCUACAAGUGAUUUUCCCGGAAAGCUCAAACGUACAUGGUUUUCUCUUACGUCGUUAGUCAUCUCCUCAUUCAAUGCAAAGGCCCUGAUGUUCAUCUGUAUGUUGGGGUUGUAGGCCCACGUCAUCACUAUUAGAGGAAUGCAGUGAUGCCCCCCUUCAUCUUAGGACAUCAUGCUUGCGAAGUGUUACCUUAAUGAAGUGAAGGUGAUUCUUUACUCUUUCGGAUCUCGUCUCAAAAAAAGUUUGAAUCGUUUGUGGGGCCGUUUAGACUGGGGUUGGUGGAUAUCAGAGUUUAUGAAUGAUUGCAAGUACAUCCCAUUUUGCA